AUUGUCAGGCACCUGUGAGAACAGGUGUAAUGUAGGAAGACAGAUAAAAGUAGCAGCUUCAGCCUUUCUUUAGUAUGAGCUUUGUGUUUUUCCAGUCACGACGUAUAUCUGGUUCUCUGGCUCAUCAGCUGAAGUAGAUCACUUGCUUCUCCACUAUGGCUGCAAAGAAAGUGCUGAUCGUCUAUGCCCAUCAAAGCUCUGGGUCAUUCAAUGCUGCAGCCAAAGAUGCUGCUGUGGAGCUGCUGACUGCUCAGGGCUGCACAGUGGAGGUGUCUGAUCUGUACGAUAUGAAGUUUAAGGCCACAGCAACUACUGAGGACAUCACUGGAGAAGUAAAGAACCCUAAAAACUUCCAGUAUGCAUUGGAAACCAAAAUGGCAUGGGAGGAGGGAAAACUAUCGGCCGACAUCACUGAAGAACACCGCAAACUCACUGAAGCUGACCUAGUCAUCUUUCAGUUCCCCAUGUACUGGUUCACUGUGCCUGCAAUCAUGAAGGGCUGGAUUGACCGGGUGCUGACAAAGGGCUUUGCGUACACCCUAGAGAAGAGGUACAGUGAGGGACUCUUCAAGGAAAAGAAAGCCAUGCUGUCAUUCACCACUGGGUCCCAUGAGUCAAUGUUCAGUGCAAAUGGCAUCAAUGGAGACAUGAAUGUCACGCUGUGGCCACUUCAGAAUGGAAUCCUUCACUACUGUGGCUUCCAAGUCCUGGCCCCUCAGAUUUUCUGGGCUCCAAACCACAGCCCCUCUGAAGUCCGAAGCACGAUGCUGGAGGCCUGGCGUACACGACUGCAGGGCCUCCUGGGAGAAACGCCCCUCUCCUUUAUUCCCUCAGACCACUUUGAUGGGGAGAAGGGUUUCCAGCUGAAGCCUGACGUCCAGGAGAAGCAUGCCAGCAAAGAGUUUGGUCUGACAGUGGGAACCCACCUGGGCAAACCCCUCCCACCCAACAGCCAGGUCAAAGCUGGGGUGUAAAGACGAGUACUGAGGAGUGGUCUUUUGAUUCUGUGUACAUAAUGCAAUAAAAGCAUGUACUCAAA